AUGCUUCUUAAACUGUACUUUAAGUUGCUAAAAGAUUUGCGCCUAACGGAUGAGUUAUCAAAAAGAACAUUCAUGAGUGGAUGCCCUGUUUCAUCUGAAGAUGGACCUUCUGAUGUGUCUAGGAUGAACAAGUGGACAUGUACUUGUUCUUCUGCAUAUCAAGGGAACCAGAGCUUAGCGAUCUCUAGCAACUGUUCUUCAUCCUGUGAUUGCUCUCCUGCUGAAGCUGGCGGAACACAAGUUAGGCCGCAAGAUUCUUUAUCAUCAAGUACCUCUUCAUCCAGAGCAAUGUACACACAUCCACACACACCUGUAAAGUUUCAUUCUGAAACCUCUUUGGCCCCAAUUGUAGCUGCAGGAGCAUCACUUGCAAACAAAUGGAUAUGCAUUUGCCCGGCCAAUGGAUUCCCGAAGUUGACCGCAGAUGGUCAUGAUACCAGUUGUUUCACAGCCUGCAAUUGUGAUUCUGGAUCUUCAAGUAGGUCACAGUCGUCAAAGAAGCGGAUUUCCAGCAAGGUUAUUGUACUUGUUCUCUUACUAUGUGUACUACUCACAUCCCUUGGAUUUAUUGCUUUGGCGGUAUGCUAUGUUUAUCGAAGAGAGAGAUGUCCUAUUCAGCGGCCUCUAUUCUCAGCAGAUAAGGACACAAGUUGCAACAGUGGUACCAAACUUAUAAGCCAUAGGGCUUCUUCAGUAUCAGAAUCCAUAGUUUAUUUAGGUUCGCCGGACAAUCCUAUCACAGGAUGUAUUCACAAGGCUUCAUUCUUAUUUGGAAGCAAAGCAGGAAGAAUGCAAGGAACAAUUACACAUUUUUCAUAUUCUGAAUUGGAAAAUGCUACUAAUAAGUUCUCUGAAACUAGUUUGAUAGGAGCUGGUGGAAGCAGCCACGUUUACUGUGGCCAUCUCAAAGAUGGCAGAACAGUGGCAAUUAAGAGAAUAAAAACUCAGGGUGGGCCAGAUGCAGAAUCUAUUUUUUUGACUGAGAUUGAACUCUUAUCAAGACUCCAUCAUUGUAAUGUGGUGCCUUUGCUUGGCUACUGCUCAGCAUACCAAGGAAAACAUGCUGAGAGGCUGCUAGUGUUUCAGUACAUGCCCAGUGGUAAUUUGAGAGAAUGUCUGGAUGGGGCUUCGGGAAUAUGCCAGGACUGGGGUACUCGGGUCGCAAUUGCACUUGGAGCUGCAAGGGGCCUGGAAUAUCUCCAUGAAGCAGCUGCCCCAAGAAUUUUACACAGAGAUGUCAAAUCUACUAACAUUCUCUUGGAUGAGAACCGGAGAGCUAAGGUAAAUCUGAAAAAUCUUAAAUACCAGAAAGAUAAAGGUCAAAACAGAACCGAUGUUGAUUUUCAACCAGUCAAGCCAAGUAAGGCAUAG